CGCGUGUCAUCGUUGCUGGAGGAGGUUUUCAACUGGCAAGUGAGAAUUUUCUUUAAAUGGCAGAAUAGGUUUAUUUCCUGUCAACUGUCUUAUCACAUCGUAACAAAUGAGAGAAGGUGUACAUUGACGGAACCAUAUGUUGAUACGUGUCACCUUGAAUUGUGCCGGCCCUGAACACAGAUGGCCCUGAAUCACUGAACAUCGCUGCCGGCUCACCGGACCAACCGUAAACUGUCGCCUCGGAAUUCUCGCAACUGUCCGUCGUCGUCGGUAGCUUCACGUUAACGUCUACUUAUGCCCGAGGCCUUUUUUGGUCGCCCUCUUCUCUUUUCACGUCGUGUUUUAACAUGGGAGUAGUACUGCGGAACCUCCAGAAGGUGGUGCCUCUUCGACGCGCCAGGCUGCGUAGAGAUGUGGACACCCUGAGGCACAUCCUGGGCAUCCAGAAAUUUGACCUGGGCAUCAUAUGCGUGGACAACCACAGGAUUCAGCAAAUCAACAACAUUUACAGAAAGAAAAAUCUCCCGACGGAUGUCCUGUCAUUUCCAUUCCACGAGGACCUGAGACCCGGUAAGCUGCCUUGCCCCCUUUACAGAGAUGACCUGAACCUUGGGGACAUUUUCCUCGGUGUCGAGUUUGUGAUGAAGCAGUGUCAGGAGGAAUCACAAGAUCUCCAUGGUGCUCUCACUGUUGUCACAGCACAUGGCAUCUGUCACCUGCUGGGCUACAGGCAUGAGACAGAGGAAGAAUGGACCGAGAUGUUGCAGAGAGAAAACUACAUUCUCAGCGAGUACACCAGACUUACAGGCCGACAUCUGGAGCCACUGAUGAAGAGAUGCAGUCAAGACAGGUGACACUGACUGCCACCUGCUCACUUCAAAACUGAACACUACUUGGUGUUCUGUGAGCUUGAUAUUGCCUGUACACUUUCCCAGUGGAAAACUGUUUUCUUCAACAUCGUGAUCCCUAAAUACAAGGACACUAACUGCUGUCUUUUUCACAAUCAGUAUUUGCUGCUACAGUUUUCCAGGAUUCCAUUGACCUGGCAGUAAACAUAGAGCACUUGGACUGUGGAUGUCCUUCUGAAACACUGGAUGUGAGUGUUGUUAAAAAGUUUUCGACAUCAAAUAAAAAAAAAUAAAAAUUUUAACAAAAGACUUUACCUUCAUUGCAAUAUUUUAUUAAAAUCUGCUUUAGGAAGAGUCAGUUGUGUAUGAAGGGUAGAAAAAGCUGUUCAUUCUCACUUCACAAAUACAUUUCACCCUCUUUACACUGCAUUUGGGACAGGAUGUAGAGGAAAGCACAGCGUUUCAGAAAUGUAAAUCAGACGCAGACAUAAAAAAAAAAAAAAAAAA